CGGCAGGAAAGAGCGGCGGCCGGCCGGACUCAGCUGCAGGUCCUUGCAGGGGCACCGAGAGCAAGCGGGCUUCGCCCCUCGGCAGCAGCGGCAGAGAGCCCCCACCCCUGGGCGCGGCGAAGCGUGGCGGGGACCCUCCCAGGGUUCCUCCUCCCUCGGAACCCUUGCCUCGGAGCGCACCACCAGGAGCAGCCAGGUGUCACAGAAGGCCCCGGCGACCCUUUCGGGAUGGCAGCGCUCCGGCCCGUACCUCGCGCGGGACCCCCACGAGGGGCCUGAGCCAAGUUCAUCGCACGUGGGAUUGACGCCGGUGAACCGAAGGGAUUCGCGACCCGUGCCCAGCGCCGCACUUCUGUGAUUGCUACCGCCGCAUUGUGAAUCGUGAUCGUUUUUCUUUUCUGCGUCGAGAGCAGCAGCUGCGGUGCCUCGUAGCCUGCCAGGACUGUGUGUCGGCUGGUGAACCUCAUGGAGAGGCUCAUGAUGAGGUCCUCUCCGAGCAACUACAACGACGUGAAGCUGAAGCUGCUGCAGGAGGGCGGCCUGGAGUUCCGCGAUGCGGACAUGCUCUAUCCCGGCGAUCCAACGGCGCAAGUGGUGUCGUAUGCGGCGGGGCCGUUGCAGCCGCUGCCGCCGCACGAAGACGUCUACGGCUCUACGCAACUGGGCGCCAUCAUGGACUUGCAGCAGCAGCCGCAGCCGCAGCAUGUGCAGGCCGCCCAAGUCCAGGACCACGAGCCCAAGAAAAAGAAUGCAAACAACCGGGCCACGUCGUCUAACCAGAGUUAUAUGGACCACCCCCGAAACUCCAUCAACGUUCACGCCGAUUCCAUGCAGGGCGAUGACACUGGUCAUGGUGGCGUGAAUCAGCUGGGCGGCGUAUUCGUGAACGGCCGUCCAUUGCCGGAUGUGGUGCGGCAGCGCAUCGUGGAGCUGGCGCACCAGGGUGUCAGGCCCUGCGACAUCAGCCGCCAGCUGAGGGUCUCCCACGGAUGCGUCUCCAAGAUACUCGGAAGGUACUACGAGACAGGCUCGAUCCGACCGGGCGUGAUCGGCGGCAGCAAGCCGAAGGUGGCCACGCCCAAGGUGGUGGACGCCAUCGCGAACUACAAGAAGCAGAACCCCACCAUGUUCGCCUGGGAGAUCCGCGACCGGCUGCUGGCCGACGGCGUCUGCGACCAAGACAACAUACCCAGCGUUAGCUCCAUCAACAGGAUCGUGCGCAACAAGGCAGCCGAGAAGGCCAAGCACCACCACGUGUCGUCCAACGGCGGCAGCCCGCAGCCCCAGUCGUCGCCCACGUCGGUGAUCACGCACGCGCCGGCAUCGGCGCACGAGUCGAGCGUCUCUGCGGCGGCAGCCGCGGCUGCCCUGCAGAGGCCCUCAUACUCCAUCAACGGCAUCCUGGGCAUUCCCAGCGCCGAGGCCGCCAAGCGCAAGCGCGACGACCAGGUCUCACAAGUGCACGGCGACUCGGCGCGAGACAUGAACGGUGACCACGGAAUCCACGAAGAUGAAGUUAAACGUUCCAGGGCGCAGUACAACGGCGAGCAGAUCUACUCCAACCUGAGUCCCAACAUGUGGGCCAAGUGGACAAAGCAGGACGAACUGAAGGCCGGCAUGGCGGAUCUGCCAACGAGCAACGGGUCGCCGUAUCACCACCUGACGUCUCAGGCGUCCCAGCCCGCGCCCCCAUCGCAAGGCGCCGCCUUCGAGCAGGCCUUCAGUCCCGUGGUGUCGUCAGCGGAUAAGCAGCCGGCAGAAUACGACGUCGCGAUGACCACCAUCAACUCGCAGUCCACCGCCGUCUACUCGCCGCCCCUCGGCAGCAAUUCGCUCACGCCUCUGACGCCCAUCAGCAUGCAAGAAGUCAAGUCCCUUGUCAACAGCGGAGCGUCGCUCAUUGAAACUAGUCCAAACCCACACUCCUACCAUCCAGUGACGGGCAGCGCAGUUGCCAGCUCUGCGGUGGCGGGCAUCCCCGGCGCCGACUACGCCUACGCGUCGCCCUACACGCAGUACUCUUCGGCAGCAGCAUACGGCGCCUACGGCUACGGCUCCAGCGGAAUCAUCAACCCGUCCUACUACUACGCCCAUAGCGCCAGGACCGGGUCGGCCGGCACGGGCCUGAGCAGUGCGGGUCCGCUCAGCCCCAACGCGUACAAGGGCGAGCGCUGCUGACACCUGCGGGACGCCUAAGGCCCGCCGACCGCGUCCACGGGACAGCAACGCCCCCCAUGCUCUGCCGCCAGGCAGGCCUCCGCCAUUGCUCCGCUGACUCGUGCAAGCACUGCGGAGUGCAGCAGAGCACCAACAACGGACCCGAGGCCCGAGCGCCGAGGCGGCAGAGGCAGCGGUGACGGCGGCGACCACCUUGCGCAGGCUCCGGACUUGGCCGCCAACUUUUAACUUGCGUCGUUCCCCGUGUGGAGAUGAUGGUGCCUGAUCGGGACAGACAGACGAGGAAACCGCGGCGGAGGCAGCCGCCGGCGGACGAGUGUGGCGCGUCGACGGGAGAACCGCGCGUCGGUGGUGAUCGGUUCCUCGCGAAAACCAAAGAUCUUGUGUCCGCCUUGUGGACUCUUUAUUUUGGACUUGUGCGAAGUACGUGACGCGCAAGAACGAUGACGACGAUGACGACGACGACGACGUUUAACGGGGUUCUCCGGCGCACCACGUCGUGUGUGCGGCACGACAGCGGCACGCCACAUUGAACGCGCGGGGCGGCUGCGCGAGACGAGGCGAUGUACAAUAUAUGUGGCCGCCCAGAGUGUACGACUACCAGGGGGUCAUUUCUGACGCCGCAAGAGCAGCCGCGUGGCUCCCCGCCUGGAUUAACGCGCCCGCGAGUAAUGUCUUUGCGAUGGCGCAAUUGCACCGACGAUAGCUGGAUAGUGUCCCCGGAUCUCCGAACUUGUAUCUGCGCAUCAGGUCUCCGCGGAAGCUCCACCUUGUGCUGCUGCUGUUCCGCUAUUGGAAUCUCGCUUAAGACGGAUUAGGGCCCUUUGUGAAAGGUCAGCAGCGAAAAA